CUAUUCGGCCAGUAGCAUGCCGCCCUUCGUGCUAUAAACAUCGUGCAGCUUACUUGAAACGAAACAUUGAUGGUAUCCAUCCACUGCAUUUGACUUCUUCAACCGCUGUUUCAACAUCUGCAAUCAUAAUACAACAACGUCAUCAGCAACACACUUCACAGAGUGAAUCCGCAUUUAAUAAGUACACGGGAUGAGAGCCAACAUGUAGACGGAAGAGAGACGCGAGAAAAUAACAAAACAUGGUGGACAAGGAAGAAAUGACGAAGACACCCUCGCCCCUGAAUAUCAACGAGGCGAUCGAAGGGGAAGUGUUGAACCAAAAGACUGCUAGGAUACUUAAGAACGAUCUUCUAUUAUACGAGGCUGUGAUAAAGAAUGAAGCGGACACUGUUCGCAAAGUGCUCAAAGAGCCCGUGGACGUCGAUUCCAGGAACAAUUAUGGUCGGGCACCAAUUCAUUGGGCAGCAUCCAGGGGGAACACGGAGAUCAUAGAGAUGUUGAUACAAGCGAAAUGCGACAUCGAGGCCAGAGACAAGUUCGGCAUGCGUCCGUUACACAUGGCUGCGCGAUAUGGACACAGGGACGCUGUUAAAAUGUUAAUCAACGCGGGAGCGAAUGUCUCAGCGGUAAACAAGAAGCAAUAUACUCUCUUAAUGUGUGCUGCUCGGGGCAACAACGUUCGCGUCGUCGACUACCUUGCUGAGGCAGUGGAAUCGUUGAACGGAGAUGCAACCGACUGUACCGGUGCGACAGCUCUUCAUCAUGCAGCCUGUGCCGGUCACCCAAGUAUGAUAACUGCGCUUACCAAUGUGCCAAGAAUCGAGCUGAAUGCUGUGGAUAAAAAAGGCCAGACGCCUAUACAUUGUGCCUGCGCGGAAGAACAUCUAGAAGCCGUGGAAGUUUUAAUAGGAUUGGGAGCUAAGGUGGAUGCUCAGGACAAUGAAGGCAACACAUGCCUUCACGUGGCAACGAGAACGAGGCACACGGCUAUAGCUCAAUUGCUAUUGAGAGCCGGGGCGAACACAGAAUUAACCGACGAAAUGGGUUUUACUCCGCUUCACGUGGCUGCCAGUCAGGGUUGCAAAGGGAUAUUAGAUUCGAUGAUUCACCACGGGGCAGCACUCAACAAACAAUCCAAGCAUGGGAACACGCCUUUGCAUUUGGCCUGUCAGAAUAACGAAGUAGAAACGGUCGAGAUACUGAUCAAUAAAGGCGUCGAUCUAAAUUGCUUAAAUUCGAGAUUACAAUCGCCUAUUCACAUCGCCGCAGAAAUGGGACACACGGAUAUUUGCGAACUGCUGCUAGCAGCAGGUGCGAAUAUCGAACAAAGGGAACAGAGCGGCAGGACACCGCUUUACAUCGCGGCAAGAGGCAGUUUCACGGCAAUCGUCGACAUGAUAAUUAAAACCGCGAGAUUGGACUAUCCCACACCGGAGGAUUCAACAUCCGACAAAGAAAUUCGUGAUCUAACGCCAGCUAGAAGAAGAUGGCGAGAAGGAUCGAGGGGUGGAAGCAUUUCCAGUAACAAUGGCGCCUUUUCGGAGCAUAUUCGAUCGAUUUUAUGGAAGUUGGCAUACAAACAGUUAGGUCCCGAGGAUUGGAAAAAAUUGGCGUUGCAUUGGGCGUUCACGAACGAUCAGAUUCGAGCAAUCGAGCAUCAAUACACUGCUCCUCUUAUAGGUCCUUCGAGUUACAAGGAACACGGUUUCCGAAUGUUGAUGAUCUGGGCGUCGGGAUUGAAUCCUGAAAUCUCCAUAGGGAAAGAGCUUUGCGACGCUUUGUUUGCAGUAGACAAAAAGUCUGUCGCUGAAUCCGUUCGUAAGCACAUGGAUCAAGAGAAAGACGGGAAAGAGAAAAUGAACAAACAGCGAUGUCAUAAAUGCUCGAUCACUUAAAGAUAAUUGACGAUUCUGCUUGAAUGAGAAGAAAGUUACGAAGAACAGGAAUUAGGAGAAUUUGAGGGAUCUUCGGUAGAAAAUUUUAGCGAUACUCACUAUGUGGCAUAUCUGUAGAGACGCUGAUCUUACCUUUUUUACAGUAUGUUUCAAUAUAGAAACGCGUAUCAUAGUGAAAUUGUCGUUUAGCGUUCGAAGAUCAACGAAACGAAAAUAAGUUCUGCGAAUCAACGAAAGCUUUCGAUAUAUCGCGAAAUCUGAUUUGAAUCUUUCAAAUGAAACGGAACAAAUUCAUAUCAUCGCGCAAAUGUACAAAUUUUCGAGUCUAAAUAUUUUAAUGUUGAUACUUUGUAUAUAUUUUUAGAAAAUUCGAACAAUUCAGCAGUGUUGUAACUUUCAUUUUUAUUUGUUAGUUAAAGAAAUGAUCGACGUCCGAAGCCGUCCUAUUUCAUUUUAUCUUUCGUUCAAUAUAUUCAUCCCGUUGUUCGAAAAUCCUAUUCCAAAUUUCUACUGUAAAUACGUCAGCGUAAUACGUAAAUACUUCUAGAAUAAGUGCGAAAAAACAGAGAAAUUAUUCAGGGCUUUCGAUGUGAUGAAAGAAAUGCAUAGAGAGUAGGCGAAGAAAAUUAUCACGAAACUUUCAAUCAUUGUAUAAUUCGAGGAAGACAAUCUACAUAUCUGGGUAUUACGUACAAUUAAAUAAACGCCUGAUUAAUAGUC